GCUCUUCUGGCUGUGGGCUCACACACACGGAGAGAAGGCACGGAGAGACACACUCAGUAGCAGCUGCAGGCAUACAGCACAGACAGACAGACAGACAGACAGACAGACAGACAGACAGACAGACAGACAGACAGACAGACAGACAGACAGACACAUGUACACUCUUUCCUCUUUCUUCUCUCCAUAGUUAUUCCUUUCAUUAUUCCUCAAAAUACUGCUGGACCUCUAUGGCUUUGGUAGAUAUUAUAGGAAAAAUAUAAUUCUUGCUGGAUUUGAACUGAAUGAGUUCCAGAACUGGCUUGUGUAACUUUUGGGCAGUACAUCUACAGAUGUUUGGGAGUAGCUUGCUUUCUGUAAGUGGGUUCCGUCCGUUCUCUUGAGUUUGGGGACUAAGGUUCCCUCAUUGGACUUUGGGAUCUGAGUUGGGACUUGAACUUGGCCACCACCAGUGGGAGUAGUGACGACUCUGGACUUUGUAGUGUGGGAUUUUGGACCUGACCGGCUUUCCGUCUGAAGUUUUUCGGAACAAGUGAUUUGUUUGUUUAUCCAUUCUGCUAACUUUUUCCCGUGGGACUCCCUUGGUCUGGACGUCAGUCAGUGUGUUCCAGAUCUGAGUGCACCAGAACGCGUGUAUGUUGAGCGUGUUGAGGGUGAUGCCUCUGGACGUGGUCAUAGCCCCGGCUGAGGACUGUUUCUGGCCUGUCCUGCAGGAGUCAGACAGGAGGCUGAAGAUCAGAGUCCGCAGGACCAAGGAGGGGAGGGAGCUACGAGGGGGCUUUGCUGCGUUCUCCUCCUGUUUCCCCGGGCUUUGUGAGGGCAAGCCAGCUCUGCCUAUGAGCAUAUCCCAGCCCUGCCUACCAGUAGCUAAUGUAGGCCCCACACGCAUCCUACCACACCUCUACCUGGGAUCACAGAAAGACGUCCUCAACAAGGACCUGAUGGUUCAGAAUGGAAUCACAUAUGUGCUGAAUGCCAGUAACACCUGCCCCAAGCCUGACUUCAUCAGCGAGAGCCACUUCAUGCGGAUCCCUGUCAAUGACAACUACUGUGAGAAACUACUGCCCUGGCUGGAGAAAACCAAUGAAUUCAUCGACAAAGCCAAGGUGUCAAACUGCAGAGUCAUCGUGCACUGCCUGGCUGGAAUCUCACGCUCGGCAACCAUCGCCAUCGCAUACAUCAUGAAGACAAUGCGCCUGUCAUCGGAUGACGCCUACAGGUUUGUGAAGGACCGACGGCCUUCGAUUUCGCCCAACUUCAACUUCCUGGGCCAGCUGCUGGAGUUUGAGAAGGGGCUGCGGCUCCUCCAGGCGCUGUCAGAUGACAAGACCUCAGAGGGCAAAGGUCAAUCCCAGGGCUCAGAGGUCAACUGGGUCAGCUCAGGGUCAGAAGUCAACGAGCCCCAGACCCCACCAGAACCGAAGCUCCCCUCGCCGACUUCUCUCCAGCAGGGCUUCAACGGCCUCCACCUGUCGGCCGAGCGCAUCCUGGACACCAACCGGCUGAAGCGCUCCUUCUCCCUGGACAUCAAGUCUGUCUACUCCCCCAGCAGCCCCCACUGCUCACGCCUGACAGCGCCCACACACUCCGAGGAUGUGCCCAAGCUGUGUAAGCUGGACAGCCCCCCUGUCAAUGAUGUCUGCCCCCAGUUCUCCCCCGUCCCAGACAGCCCCAGCUCGGCCGAGUCGCCCUUCCCUUCCCCGGGGUGCGGCGGCAGCAUCGGAGGUCUCGGCGUCGGGGGUCCCAGUGAGGGGUGCGUUCGUUCUGGAGGUCCAUCAUUGUCCAGGCCCAGGAGGAAAGCCAAGCACGGCCCUGGAUCUGGGUCCACAGCCAGUUCCCCGGUACAUCCCCAGUCCCUCAGUCUGACUCUGGGACGCUCCCUGCCCGUCCACAAGAGCCCCAGCCUGGAGGAGAACCUGAAGGGCUCCAUGCGUCUCUCCCUGCCCACCAUGGAGUCCGGGACAAUGUGGACCAAACACAGAGACACAGUCCAGGCCACCACCCCAGUCACUCCCGUCACACCCACCGCCGACGCCCCCUGGUACUUUGGGGCUGAUGAGGUAGGGGAAGGAGGGAUGGAACUAGGUGGAGACGGAGGAGGAGGGGUGGAAGUGCGAUUCGGAAGCAGUUCGGCGUACGUGGCGUUCGGGUGUAGCGAGGGGGUGCGGCUACGGGAGAAAGUGCAGCGGGACAAAACGGCAUCGUCGUCAUCAGUGCCAUUGCAGAGGGACUCCUCAAUGACCGUCGCCAACGGGACGGUCUCCAACGGCAACGAGAAGCAGUUCAAGCGACGCAGCUGUCAGAUGGAAUUUGAGGAGGGCAUCUCCGAUACGCGUUCCCGUGAGGAGCUAGGGAAGAUGGGGAAGCAGUCCAGCUUCUCUGGGAGCAUGGAGAUCAUCGAGGUGUCCUGACUAACCGCACUCCUGACCACAACCGGCCCACCCAGGGAGGAGGGAAAACGGACCUGAGGGAGGAGGGAGGAGGGAGGACAGAGGGGGGAAAUGUACGCUCCCCACACAGACAGUGUUAAAGACUCAAACUCUGAGAAGACAGAAAUGCCAGAGAGAUUCUGGGAGUCUCUUAUCUAGCUAGUGAUCCUAGACUAGACAUGGGGUUCAGCUGGCUGUUGAUUUACUAGGUUACAUUUACAGUACUAUCAACCAAAGCUCUGAAGAGAACAACUAUGG